UUUUAUCUCAUACAACAAGGGAGAAUCGAGGAAAAAUGGCUAGAGUAGACUGUAAUCAGGAAGAAGAAGAGUCACCAUUGUUGCAGACUUCACAUCAAAUCCUUAAAGGGAACAUAUGGACAGCCCUAGCACAUUUUAUAGCUGGAGUAAUAGGAUCAGGGGUUUUAUCAAUGGCUUGGAGCAUCGCACAACUGGGAUGGAUUGCUGGCCCAUUGUCUAUCAUACUCAUUGCAUUCUUCGCCCUUGUGUCUGCGUUCCUUAUCAGCAACUUCCAUGUUUAUCCCAACCCUACCAAUGGCAACACCACCAUGAACCGUUCCUUCUUGCAGGCUGUUCACACCAUUUUGGGAUAUAAGAACGGAUUGGUAUGUGGGUGUUUGGUAUAUUUCAGUCUAUUCAAAACAGGAGUUGUGUAUGUAAUCACAUCUGCAACCUGCAUAAGAGCAAUUAGGCAAUCAAAUUGUUACCAUGAAGAAGGGCAUGAGGCUGCUUGUGAAUACGAGAAUAAAUAUUAUAUGCUUCUGUUUGGAAUUGUUCAACUACUUGCUUCUCAAAUACCCAAUAUUUUUCAUACAAAAUGGCUCUCGAUUAUUGCUGCAACCAUGUCCUUCACCUAUUCUUUUAUUGGGAUUGGACUUGGAUUAGCCCAAGUAAUAGGACGAGGGAAGAUUGAAGGUAGCAUCAAUGGAAUCUCAACUGCUAAUCCCACUCAGAAAGUAUGGUUGGUUGCUCAAGCUAUUGGAGAUAUUGCGUUUUCGUUCACAUUUUCGUUAAUUCUUCUUGAAAUACAGAGCACUUUAAAAUCACCUCCAUCUCAGAAAGUGACCAUGAAGAGGACUUGCACUAUUGCAAUCUUUAUAACCACUUCUUUCUACCUCCUGUCUGGAGCUUCUGGCUACGCAGCCUUCGGAGAUUCGACUCCUGGGAAUAUCUUGACUGGUUUUGGAUUUUAUGAACCUUAUUGGCUCGUAGACUUUGGUAAUGCGUGCAUCGUUCUCCACUUAGUUGGAGGGUAUCAGAUAUAUAGUCAGACAUUAUUUGCAAUUGCGGAAAGAUGGUAUGCGGAAAAGUUCCCAGAAAGCGCGUUAACAAGUGAUAUCGGGAGUUUGAAAGUGUUGGGAUUGCCCAAGUUUAGAGUGAAUCCUCUUAGGUUAUGUUUUAGAAGUACUUAUGUGAUAUCGACGAUGGCGGUAGGGAUGUUAUUCCCGUACUUUAAUGAAGUCUUGGCUUUUUCAGGAUCGAUCAUCUUCUGGCCCUUGACCAUAUAUUUCCCAGUUGAGAUGUAUAUUGUGCAGCAGAAGAUUGUAGGUUGGAGCAGCAGGUGGAUUGUUCUACAGGUUUAUAGCACUUUUUGCCUGCUUGUAACCAUGUUUACAUUGGCUGGUUCCAUUGAAGGACUUGUUGCCAAAAGAUUUGGCUAAAGGGGCCGUUUACUGAACGCUUACCCGAUAAGUAUUUACCGGGUAAUUUUCCUCACCAGAUGAACGUGACAAGGAACAAGAAUCUUAUGCGGUAAGAGCGAUGAUAAGGAUGAAAGUCUUACCCGGUAAAUGAGGGUGACG